ACGCCGGGAGGGGACUCGAAAAGGAGGAGCGUCAGCUGAACUCAUCACCUGCCACGUUAAGCCGAGCAACAAACACAGCACCCACCAACACCACAGCUUUUAUUAUUAAUAUUGUUAUUCUUAUUGUGUACAUUUUUUUUUUAAUUAUUUUCGAAAAAGUUCAUUUGACCCGUUAAGACGGCACAAUGAUGAGCCAGGUGAUUCAGAUCACGAGCACGAGCACGAGCACAGUGCAGUACAGUAACGGGUACGAGCAGGAUGAGUACAUGAUGCAGGAGGAGGAGUGGGACAGGGACCUACUGUUGGACCCAGCCUGGGAGAAGCAGCAGAGGAAGACAUUCACGGCAUGGUGUAACUCUCACCUGAGGAAAGCGGGAACACAGAUCGAGAACAUUGAAGAGGACUUUAGGAAUGGCCUCAAACUCAUGCUUCUCCUUGAAGUUAUUUCAGGUGAAAGGCUACCCAAACCAGACAGAGGAAAGAUGCGCUUUCACAAAAUAGCUAAUGUCAACAAGGCACUCGAUUUUAUCACUAGUAAAGGGGUUAAGCUGGUUUCCAUCGGAGCUGAAGAAAUCGUAGAUGGGAAUGUGAAGAUGACUCUGGGUAUGAUCUGGACGAUCAUUCUCCGCUUUGCCAUUCAAGACAUCUCAGUUGAAGAAACCUCUGCGAAGGAAGGCCUUCUCUUGUGGUGCCAGAGGAAGACUGCCCCCUACAGGAACGUCAAUGUCCAGAACUUCCAUGUCAGUUGGAAGGAUGGACUGGCAUUCUGUGCGCUGAUACACAGGCAUCGACCUGACCUCAUUGACUACACCAAGCUGAACAAGGAUGAUCCCCUUGGCAACUUGAACCUAGCACUUGAAAUUGCAGAAAAGCAUCUGGACAUCCCAAAAAUGCUGGAUGCUGAAGAUUUAGUGAACACAGCCAGGCCUGACGAAAAGGCCAUAAUGACCUAUGUGUCGUGUUAUUAUCAUGCCUUUGCUGGGGCUCAGAAGGCAGAGACUGCUGCCAACAGGAUCUGUAAAGUACUGGGGGUGAACCAGGAGAAUGAAAAGUUAAUGGAAGAGUAUGAGAAGUUGGCCAGUGAGCUUCUAGAGUGGAUUCGACGCACCACCCCCUGGUUGGAGAAUCGGACUCCAGAGAAGACCAUGGCAGCCAUGCAGGCCAAGCUGGAAGACUUCAGGGAUUACCGACGCCUGCAUAAGCCACCGAAGGUACAAGAGAAGUGCCAGCUGGAGAUCAACUUCAACACUUUGCAGACCAAGCUACGCAUCAGCAAUCGACCUGCCUUCAUGCCAUCAGAGGGAAAAAUGGUGUCGGACAUUGCAAGUGCCUGGCAGGGCCUGGAGCAGGCUGAGAAGGGGUAUGAGGAAUGGCUGUUGAACGAGAUCCGCAGGCUGGAGAGACUGGACCACCUGGCUGAGAAGUUCCGCCAGAAAGCCAUCACCCAUGAAACCUGGGCCCAAGGCAAGGAGCAGAUCUUGUCCCAGAAAGACUAUGAAUCAGCUACCCUGACUGAGGUUCGGGCCCUGCUAAGGAAACAUGAGGCCUUUGAGAGUGACCUGGCUGCUCACCAGGACAGAGUGGAGCAAAUUGCUGCCAUUGCCCAGGAGCUGAAUGAGCUGGACUACCAUGCUGUUGCGGCCGUCAACGAGAGGUGUCAGAAGAUCUGCGACCUGUGGGACCAGCUGGGGACACUGACCCAGAAGAGAAGGGAGGCACUUGAGAGAACGGAGAAACUGUUGGAGACCAUUGAUCAACUGUUCCUAGAGUUUGCCAAGCGGGCAGCACCAUUUAACAACUGGAUGGAAGGCGCCAUGGAGGACCUGCAGGACAUGUUCAUCGUGCACUCCAUCGAGGAGAUACAAAACCUGAUUUCUGCUCAUGAGCAGUUCAAGUCCACACUGCCAGAGGCAGAUGGAGAAAGGCAGGCCAUCCUGGGGAUCCACAGCGAGGUACAGAAGAUCUCGCAGAGCUACGGCCUGAAGACCAGCCUUAGCAACCCCUACAGCACCAUCAGCCCAGAGGAGGUCUUAGCCAAGUGGGACAAGGUGAAACAGCUGGUCCCCCAGAGAGACAGCUCUCUCCAGGAGGAACUUGCCCGCCAACAUGCCAAUGAACGUCUCAGACGACAGUUCGCCUCUCAGGCUAACCUUAUCGGGCCCUGGAUACAGACCAGAAUGGAGGAAAUCGGCCGUAGUGCUGUGGAGAUGAACGGAACCCUUGAGGACCAGAUGACUCAGCUCAAGCAGUACGAGCACGUCAUCGUCAACUACAAGCCCAAUAUCGACCAUCUGGAAGGGGACCACCAGCUUAUCCAGGAAUCACUCAUCUUUGACAACAAGCACACCAAUUACACUAUGGAGCACAUUCGUGUGGGCUGGGAGCUUCUCCUCACCACCAUUGCCAGGACCAUCAAUGAAAUCGAGACGCAGAUCCUGACCCGUGAUGCAAAGGGCAUCAGCCAGGAGCAGAUGAAUGAGUUCCGAUCCUCUUUUAACCACUUCGACAGGAAGAAGAAAGGGGGGAUGGAAACAGAUGAGUUCAGAGCCUGCCUGAUCUCCAUGGGCUAUGACUUGGGGGAGGUGGAAUUUGCCCGCAUCAUGUCACUAGUGGAUCCCAACGGGACCGGCGUGGUCUCCUUCCAGUCCUUCAUUGACUUCAUGACACGGGAAACGGGAGACUCGGACACGGCAGAGCAAGUGGUUGCCUCCUUCAGGAUCCUGGCGGGAGAUAAGCCCUACAUCCUGGCAGAGGAGCUGCGCAGGGAGCUGCCUGUGGACCAGGCGGAGUACUGCAUCUCCAGGAUGCCAGCAUACCGCGGUCCCGGGGCCGUGCCAGGGGCCCUGGACUACACGUCCUUCUCCACUGCUCUUUAUGGAGAGAGUGACCUGUGACCUAAUGCAUGCACCCUCUGAGCAGAUUUGUCAUAUUCAAAACUCACAGUAUAUGCAACAAUUAUUUGUGCUAUCGAAGAAUUUUUAUUUGCAGUGUGU